GUUCGCUCUUUGAAUGCAAUCUUCUCCUUGUCUGUGUGUGUGUAGCGUGCGGCGGUGCGUGCAGCCGCACAACUACUUACCGCCCCGUCGAAGUACAAUAAUUGCCUUAGUAAGUCGUGUCGUUGCUCCUCUUUCAUCAGCACGCUCCCUUGCGGCCUUCAAGAUUUCGUGGUGGGACACGGUUUUGGGGCGUGGGCAAGACGCGCAGCGCAUACCCUUGGUAGAACACAUUGGCCAGCAGGAGCUGGCGCAUACUAGUGCUGGAAGCCGGGAACAAAUACAAAACCAGGGUCUGAACCCACCACCACCAGCUCACCACUCAAGUAGGGACCCUUCCAGCCGCCUCGUAGUUGGUGGUCGGCAGCUGUUGCGCACGAGCCCGCAAGACGACGACGACUUUUAUCAGGAGUUUCCAGAGGACGAGGGGGAAGAGGUCGAAAUCCAAGAAGAUACAAUCCAUUCGCAGGGACAUCAAAAGUACCUUCCCAAUUCAGCCGGCGCUUCUAUCAGCACGAGCCAAUACACGGUAAAAUACAACCGCAUGGCGACCACUGCAGGCGCGACUAGCAACGCGGCGCAAUCCCGGCGACAGCCGGACGUGAUUCUAGAUCAGAAAGCCUUUGACGAGCAUGUCGGUCGCACAGGUACAACUUCUCGCGCAGCCGGGCCCCCGGCCUCGCGGUACAACUCACCCCUGUCUCCGCGCGCCCGACGGCGGCAGAAUUACAUCGGGUUCUCCAUUCUCGCCGCCGCGUAUUGUUUUAUCUACCCGGGGCUCUUCUGGCCGACCUGCCACGUGCACACCGGGUUGUUUUCCACGGAAACCGAGAUGACACGGUCCACGGUGGAGUUGGUGAAAUUUUUGUGGCAGCAGGGACCGGCCUACUACCCACCGGCGUUUUUGCUCUCGCUGUUUUCCGUGUCAUUGCCUUUCAUCAAGGGGUAUCAACUGCAAAAAUGUCUGGGUCUGGAAGAUUGCCAGGUUUGUCAUGCGUAUGUUGAAUGACCCAGGAUGUCUGUGAUGCAUGCCCUAGCAUCACAGAUUUUUAGAGGAAUUUGUGAUGCCUCUACCGCAUGAGAAAUGCCCUCUCCGCGUAGCACAAAGUGGAGUCCUCUUGCUGGUCAUGCAAUACAAAUUUUUUUAGAAUCCAGAAACAGCAUUACAAGUUUAGAAUCUUCCAGACCCAGCAGACAUUUUUGCAUUUGAUAAGGGGGCCAUGAUUUGCUGGGGCGCCUACCACGAAAACGGAAAGCUACUGUGGUUCGUCGCACGGUUGUCCAAGUUUCAGUUUGUCGACACCUUCAGCACUCUGUUGAGCUACGUCUACCUGAACUUGCCCGUUAUCACGACAGAGUUGCUGGUAGGAAAGAAUGAGGAUUUUUUGCUAGUAGUGCUUUUUUUUUUGGAUUUUCUACAUUCCACGUGUUGAAUCAAUGAGAUGCACCCAAUUUUUUCGUAGCGAUAAAGCAAACUUCAUCAAACCUAAAACUCCACAGAGCGGCGUCUACUACUUCGCCGGCUACUGCAUUCUUUCCGUGAUCGGAACCCAAGUGAUCUGCUACGGCUACGACACGGGCCGGGAAAAGUCCGUGCAGAGCAUCUGGCUUCCGGUGGCCGUCAUCCAGGUGACCGCCCUGGUCGUUCUGUACACGUGGAGCCCGAUUCUGGGCGUCUACGCCGUGAUUUUUGGCUCGGUCCGGUUGACAGGGAAGCGGGCGACGCUGUGCGAAAUUUUGAUUGAGUUGAACCCGAUCUGCCGGUGGUUCAUGAUAACGACCAUCUGCGUCCUGCCCAUGGUGACCUACGUCUUGCUCCCGAUUUUGAUCCGUUUCUUUUCCUACGAGAACGGAUUCCGGAAACUGCCCUCAAAGAACUGGUACUUUAAACUCAUGGACUUCUGCCACGACUGGGCCAUGGGGGACGUGUUGCUGAUUGCGUACUUGGUGGCCUGGAUGUCCUUCAACGCGUCCGACGAGACGGGAACGCAGGCCUUGCCCGCGGGCAGCUACUGCGUAGUUUUGUACGGGCUGACGGGGCUUAUCAUGAUGUUUGUGUACGAAUACAACGGAAAGAUGAUUUCCGCCCGGGAGCGCCGGUUGUCGCAGCAGUACAACCACGGCGAGCAAAACACCGUUCUGGGCGUGCACAUCGACGACAGAAGCACGACCGCAAGUUCCACUGCCUCGCCGUCGGUAUUCAUUUUUGGGUCGGUCUGAUGUGUGCUUGUGGUUUUUGAUAGACAAGAAUAAUUUUUCCUUCAACAGGUCGACCGUUUAUUUUUCCAAAACUUUGUGAAACUGACUCACAGGAUCUGAUCUCUCCGCGAGAUGACAGCAUCGCCAGCACCCCCGCGAGCGAGCGACCGCCGGAGCGGGAGCAGUCGGCUCUGAUGAGCGUGUUGAACCCGCAGACCAAUUUUGGCAUCCACAUGCGGUACUUGGUGCUGCUGAUUUUCUUCCUCGCCGUUCCGGUCGUGGUGCUCGGCAUACUAGAAGAGACGGAGAAGCCGCAGGUGCCGGACCUCCCCUGGGUGAACGACGCGAUCGCCAAGAGCCCGCUGUUCUCCACCGCAAACAAAAUGUUUGCCAACCGCUCGCUGUUGUCUUCCAUCGCGUGCUGUGACGACACGAGCGACCUGUGCAACGGGAAAAACGCCCCACCGAGUCCCUGUCAGCCGUUGGACGCGAAGCACCCGUCGCUGCCACUCACGAGCCUGGACAAGGACCACGUCCGGGCCACGGCGCGGUGGAUCACGGGGCUGGAGAACAUUCGGCUCGAUGCACUGAAACUCAUCCCGUACCAAGAGGCGCCCCCCGUAAACGGAGGGAGCAACGCCCAGGCAAGGUUCAAACUCAAGGUAAGUUGAUAGCUACGUCGGUUUUUUUUCUAUUCUUGGCCGCGCUUAGGCUUAGGCUUACGUGCUUCGCUUAAGUGCUUCGCUUAAGUGCUUCCCUUAAGUGCUUCGCUUAAGUGCUUCGCUUAAGUAGUGCUUCGCUUAAGUAGUGCUUCGCUUAAGUAGUGCUUCGCUUAAGUAGUGCUUCGCUUAAGUAGUGCUUCGCCUAAGUUGUGCCGCGGUUAAGUAGUGCCUCGGUUAAGUAGUGCCUCGCUUAACUAAGUAGUGCCUCGCUUAAGUGGUGUCCUCGCUUCAGUGGUGCCUCGCUUAAGUAGUGCCUCGCUUAAGUGUUGUCUCGCUUAAGUUGUAGCGCCGCACUUAUGUAGUGCUGCGCCCUUAAAUAGUUCCUGCUCCUGGCGCCGCUAAAGUAGUGCCUCGCGCUAAAGUAGUGCCUUGCGUUUAAAGUAGUAUGUGUUCCGGCAUGAACACUGUGCCUCGCGCUAAAGUAGCGCUCUUGAAUCAUGCCUCUACACAAAAUCCCAGCUCUAUCGAUAUGAAAAAUCCCCCCUCCCCAUACCGAAAGGGAGAUUUGUGUAGCAUGAUUUGUGACCACAAAUCACGUUGUCAUGCUAGAAGGGAAGAGAUGCGGAUUGUAGUGCUGGCUGGCGUAGGAAAGCCUUGCGCCUUUAGCAUGACAGAAAGCAACUGGAAACGGAAAACAGCAUGACAAAUUGCCUGCAAACGAGGGAGCAGCUGCGUCUCUUGGCCUUCUAGCAAUACAAUUCGAUUUGCGUACUCGCUGCUUUCGGUGGCUGGUGGCCGCUCUUGAGUUUCAGGUGUGGGUCGGAGUUCGUUUGCCUCUCGUCAGUUUGGACGGAGUGCUCUCGUUCAGCCACCCCCCGGCGGUCGACUGUCGGCUAUCUGGCUCCCCCAGCUCAUGAUUGCAGUGUUGGCUGGUGAUGUCGAGGUUGCGGACAGUUGACUUGUCAUCUGUCUGGUUCGCUCAUUUUGCUGCCACGACUGUUUGGUCCCCGGUCCCCUGAGGCGGGGGGAUACGGGUUACCUGGUCGGGAUGUCGCGCGGAAGGUGUCUCUCACGUCCCUAGCUCUUCGUACUCGCCGCUGAGUACAGUCGAGCACCUUGGUUGAUCGCCACACUGUUUCAUAGUGCUGAAACGACCCGGCUUUCACUAGGGGGAGCAUUCGUACAUUUUGUGCCCUCCGGGACUAUGCCUCUGCUUCCGUCUAAACUGAGGGGUCCACUUAUCCCUAUCGGUAUUCGGUCGCAGGGAAGGGUUGCCGGGGUCUUCCUCGCAUCGGUUCUCGAUGUCGGGUGUGAGUUUGUGACUGCGGGGGCAGUGGUUGGCUUAGGUUUGUGGAGUACUUCUGAAAAGAGGCUCCCAUUCCUUCUUCCAGGCAGCGAUCCUAGAUCGCUGCCACGCGGAGCCACCCCCGUAUUUCACCCCCAGGGGGUUGUGGACCUGGCAAAACCGAUGAGUUCGGGCUGCUGACUGUUCCACCUCCCCUAAGUGUGAUCAUUGCCGCCUCACGCCUCAAAUACAGCAACACAAAUUUCGUUUUGGAUAUGGGGAAGGGGGAUUUUUCCUUACAAUAAGCUCGACGCACAUCUGCACAAGCCUGAUCCGAACUCCGACAUCACUUUGCCCCUGAGUCUGAUUGUGCAAACGACCGCGGUCGCGCCGAUUACCUGGUUCGACAACACGAAUGCGUGCUGCCAGCCGGAGAACUUGUCCGUCGAACUCAUUGCCGAGUGCCACAGUGAGUUCCCCUUUAUCCGGAACGUGAGCACGGGAAACGUGACCAUCACGCCCGACAUUGUGAUAUCGGAGUCGAUCUUGGGGUUUCACCUGAGCAUCUACGACAUUACGGAGAUCAUCAAAAAGCAGAUUCGGGACAAUCUAAACCAGCUGGUGCAGAAUGAAACCUUCCCGAUUGGCCCGACCAAUUACACGGUUGCGAGCCUGAUCAACACGAUCAUUGAGUCCAAUAUGAUGCCGGGGGACAAACUCAACUGUCCCACCGCGGGAUCAGUAUCCACUGACGUAGAGGGAGGGAGUAAACGAAACACCGGACGAGCGGAAAUAGUAGGUGAAUUUUCAUCGCGGAGUGCUGUCGUGUCAACAAAUACAACAAAUUCACAAGAUUUUUCCCGGACCUUGCACAUAGAAAAGCCCUACCAACUGAUUCAACGCGGGAGCAAUAGGUGGAGAAAUCGUGGGUACUACUACGGCACCUUGAAUGAUGAAAGUAACGGCGAUGAAAUGAUCUACAUAUAGUAGUUUCUACUGCAUGUCGGGUCACAGGACCAAAAACACACUUGUAAAAAAAAACUGUGUACAAAAGCGGCUGUUGUCGCAUUGUUGAAAAAAAUAAACGAAUGUGAAAAAUCAUGGCAAAGCAUCGCAGUGCGAUCAUUUGUCAUGAGAAAAUAGAAACAUGUCUUGCUUACGCUCACACUAAUAUCGCACUGAAGUACGGUCCUCCUGUACCUCAAUCGAGG